AAGCCCUCAUACUGCACUUAGAAGGCUUAGAGACUCUUGUAAUACCCACAUCAUGAACACUCUAGUGCUUUUUGUGUUUCAUGUAAUAUUCCUUGGAGUUCAUGAAAUACAGUGUAAAUCUCACCCAAAGCCUUCAUGUGGAUACCCUCCAUCCCAGUGGUGCAGGUCUCUGGAAAUUGCCAUAGAAUGUGAGGUGCAGAAACAAUGCAUGGAGCUGAAUGCAAGCCGGCCAGACCCAGUGGUUCCUCCUGUGGAGAUCUCUCUGUAUUAUGAGAGUCUCUGUUCAGGCUGCAGGGCAUUUCUAACUGAACAGCUCUUUCCAACCUGGACUUUACUCAAAGAUAUAAUGAAAGUCAACCUGGUACCCUUCGGCAAUGCUAAGGAAGUUCCUGAAGAGAAUUCAUUCUCAUGUCAACAUGGAGAACCAGAGUGCUAUGCUAACAUGGUUGAGGCAUGUGUUUUAUAUGAAGCCAGUCAUGCUGCAUUCCCUGUCAUUCACUGCAUGGAGUCAUCUGCAGAUGUAAUACAAUCAGCUAAACCUUGUUUGCAGCUGUAUGCGCCAUUCAUAAAAUGGGAGACCAUAGAAUCCUGUACAAGAGGAGAGCUUGGCCAAAGUUUGAUACACCAAAAUGCAGUGAAGACACAAGCACUCAAUCCUGCACAUACCCACGUGCCCUGGAUCACCUUCAAUGGGAAAUACACUAUUGAAUUGGAAGAUAAGGCUAUGUCCACUCUCUUUAAUCUUGUGUGCAGCUUGUACAAAGGAAUCAAGCCACCGGUCUGCACUGGAGCCCUGAAAAAACUGGACAGAAGCUUUUGUUAGUGGAAAGAAAAUAAAACAUGAGAUAAAUGUUGCUUUUUUGACAUUUGUCUAUUGGAUAAUUUUAGGGUAAAUAACUGUGCAAUUACUGUGCAAUUUGUGUGUGUAAUUAAAUACACAGUACAUUUGUAACCAAAGUAUGCUUUUGUAAGGAAUAAUUGAUGAUGGGCCAUUGAAUUAAUAGAAAAAUGAUGCAAGCCUGUGGUGGCAAGGCUGUUACACCUCAGAUGUCCAUUAUUUUUCUAUAAACUCUAUUAAUUAAAAAAUCAAAUAAUUUUAUGUGUAUUCAUUAACGAUUAAAUAAUAUUAUUCAUUUUCUAUUAAUAGGGGCUGCACAGUGGCACAGUAGGUAGCAUGUUCACCUCACAGCAAGAAGGUUGCUGGUUUGAGCCCCGGCUGGGUCAGUUGGCGUUUCUGUGUGGAGUUUGCAUGUUCUCCUCAUGUUCACGUGGGUUUCCUCCGGGUGCUCCGGUUUCCCCCACAAGUCCAAAUCUGUGUUAUGGGUGAGUUGGGUAGGCUAAAUUGUCCGUGGUGUAUGAAUGAGUGUGUAUGGAUGUUUCCCAGUGAUGGGUUGCAGCUGGAAGGACAUCCGCUGCGUAGAACUUAUGCUGGAUAAGUUGGCUGUUAAUUCCGCUGUGGCGAACCCUGAUUAAUAAAGGGACUAAAUGAAUCAAUGAAUGAAUUUUCUUUUAUUAUACGUUUUCAAUUAUUCAACGGAUCAAAGUCAAUUACUCCAUUUAUACAAGUGCCACACCUAGGACAAGACAUUGUUCAAAUGUUGUAUUUUAAUUACAUUGUCAGGUUUUUGUCCUCAACAGCCCUUUUGUGUAAUACUAGUUAAUUACAACUCUCAUCCAAUGCCUUUUUUGUUUAGACUUUUUAACUGCUGUAGUUGUGAAAGAACUGAAAUUGUUGGGCAUAGUGAUAACUUUAUUGUCGUCAUGGCUUUCCAUCACAAACAUUUUCAGGAGUUUUGUUUCUUCUGCUGAUUUUCUCUAGUUCCUGAAUUACACGUUUAUUAUUUUAAAUAUGUCCAUUCAUUCAUUUUCCUUCGGCUUAGUCUCUAUUUCAGAGGUCGCCACAAUGGAAUGAACCGCCAACUUGUCCAGCAUAUGUUUUACACAGCGGAUGCCCUUCCAGCCGCAACCCAGUACUGGAAAACACGCAUACACACUCAUUCACACACACACACACACACACAUUCCUUCACUAUGGCCAAUUUAGUUUAUUCAGUUCCCGUAUAGCGCAUCUCUUUGGACUGUGGGGGAAACUGGAGCACUUGGAGGAAACCCACACCAACAUGAGGAGACCAAUCAAACUCCACACAGAAUUGCCAACUGACCCAGCUGGGACUUGAACCUGCGACCUUCUUGGAAGUGGCAAUGCUAACCACUGAGCUACAGUGCUGCCUAAAUAUGUUCAAAUUAUUCAUUUAUUUUACAUGAUUAAUUUUUUUUAUGAUUUUAUCAUGAUUAAAGAUGUCCCGAGUGGGUGA